AUGAGUGGAAAAAUAAAGUUGUUCAAUGAGUCUGACCAAGAAGAACCGGAAACAGUCGAGUUCCGAACUAAUAAAAGCUACGCCAAGCAUUAUGAUGAGUUCCGUAAAAAGGAAAUUCUUGGUCAAUUAAAAAACUAUGAAGCGGAGGCGGAAUCAUCUGACUCCAGUGAAGACGAAACGACCGAUGAAGAGAUUGUCGAUGCGGAGUUUGAUAAAGAAUUCUUCAAGACACUUGCCUUUCUGAAGCGCAAGGAUAAGAACAAGUAUAAUGAACAGCAUGCGUUUUUUGAAAACGUGAAGCCUAUUGAGGAGGUGGCACUUACAAAGCGACGUCGCAAAGAAAAGCCGAUGACGGUUAAAGAUUAUGAGCGAAAAGUGAUUUUAGAAAAAGGUGGCGUAUUUGAAGAUGAAGAAGACGACGAUGCUUCAGAAGCAGCGCAACGUGCUGAGUCGCCUUCGUUGGUAGAAGAAGAGAAAAAGAUAAAAGACGAAAUCAAACAAGCUUUGAGUAAAAUUGACGAUGAAGACAGCGAUGGUGAAGCAACGGUAAAAAGUUCCAAAGGUGGUGGUUUGCUAAAGGAACGAGUCAAAAGUAAGGAUGAAACAGAAAAGGAGCAAUCUGAUUAUAUUCAAUGGCUGACGGACAAGAAGGUAAAGGAACCCACAAGUGAGGACGUCAAAGGCUUGGAACCAUUGAAGCAGUUUUGGAACAAUGAAAAAUUGUCCAAAGAGGAUGCUUUUUUGAAGGAUUACAUUCUGAAUAAGCGAUUUGUACAAAGUGGCGCUGAAAUCCCCAGCUAUGAUGAAAUAGUGGCUACAUCGGAAGACGAAGAAGAACUAGAGAAACAAGAAGAGUACGAGCGAAAGUAUAACUUCCGUUUCGAAGAGCCCGACACGGAUUUUAUCAAGCAGUUUCCUAGAACGGUAGAUGAUUCGGUUCGUGUGGAACGCAACAAGCGCAAAGAACAGAGAGCAUUGUUGAAGGAGCGUAAGCAGCAAGAAAAAGAGCAACGUCGUCUUGAACUAGAUGAACUUAAGGCUGUAAAACUGAAGGAAAUUCGCGAGAAAAUUCAAAAGUUGAAAGAAAUUGCGGCUACGGAAAACUUGGCUAUGAAUGAAGACGAUUUGGAAUCGGAUUUCGAUCCUGAAGAACACGAUCGCCGAAUGCAAAGGAUGUUCAACGAUGAGUAUUACGGCGUGGAUGAGGGCGAUCAGAAGCCCGAAUUUCCUGACUUGGAUGCAGAGCUGGGCAUCGAAAACUACGAUGUAGAACGUUUGGACGACAACGGUGAUGAUGGUGGUUAUGAUGAACCGCACUGUGAGGAUGACGAUUUUGUAAUGGAUUGUGACUUUGAAGAAAAGUCAAACUCAAAAAAUGCAAAAGAAACUCUUCAGCAGGAGCUGCUUGAUUCUACCAAGACCGGGAAGAAAAAAAACCGCCGCCAAUCUAAGUUUCGGGAAGUACUGAAAGCCGAAAAGCCUCUUUUUGAUCCGGAAGAUGAAAAAACUUACGGUGAAUAUAUAGAUGAAUACUACAAGCUAGACUACGAGGACAUGAUUGGCGAUGUUCCGUGUCGCUUUCGAUACGUCGAAACAGUCCCGAAUGAUUUCGGCUUAACCAUAGAAGAAAUUCUAACAGCCAACACGAGAGAUCUUAACAAAUGGGCUAGCGUGAAGAAAACUGUCCAGCUACGUCCUAAACACAUUGAAGAGAAUGAGAAAAACAUGUACCGCCGCAAAGGUGCGAAUUUGGAGUUGAAGCGAAAAAUUAUGCCAAGUCUUUUUAUUGAAUCUGAUAACGAAGAAGCAAUCGAUGAAGAAAUUCAAAAACGCAAACAAGAAGUUACUGCUCAAAGCCCUAUAGAUAAGGUUAAAGCAAAGGAUAAAACAAGCACUGGCCGAUUGAAUCUUCAGGGCGAAAAAGCAUCCAAAAAUACUAAAUCAUCGAUCAAUGAUUCUCAAAAUCAUGAAACUGACACAAGUAAUAAAAAAUGUAAGAACAAAAUCAUUAGGAGUUGUGAGCAGAGCUCUACUCACAAGGAAGAUGAACAUGAAAGUAAACUUAAUUUUAAAAAUCAGCGCAAACGUACAUGGGAUCAUGAGGCAGGAACAUCACGUUCCCAACAGAAGAAUGCAUCUUGGAACAAUCGAGAUAAGCCACAUUUCGAACAGAAUAAGCAUCAAAAUGGUCACAAAAAUGGAUUUAAAACGAAUGAUGCUGUGGGUUCAAAAAGACCAAAGAAAGAGGAAAGUGCAGCAGAUCAACGGUUACGGGCCUUCGGAUUGAAUCCUAGAAAAUUCCAUAAUAAACAAAUUUACAGCAAGCAGCGCCAGACGCAAGCAUAA